CACGCCGCCUUCCACCCCGUGACCCGGAAGUGGCUGUGAGGCCCGGCCCGUUGCACAGGUCUCCGUUCCCCUCUGGAGCAGCAUGGCGUCCUCGCGGGCCCCCGCGAUGCGUGUCGCCCCGGGGCGGGCGCCCCUUCCUCAGCCGGGCCCGGCUCCAUCCCCGCGGGCAACAAAAAACAAGCUCUCAGAGGACAGCGAUGCUCCCGCACCCAAGAGGUCCCAUAUCUUCUACGGCAGCUUGGAGGAGAAGGAAAGGGAACGACUUGCCAAAGGAGAAUCAGGGCUGCUGGGAAGAGAUAGAGUGAAAGCUGCGAUUGAGGCAGGCAAUAUUAACAUAACCAGUGGUGAGGUCUUUGAUCUUGAAGACCACAUAAGUGAGCGUCAGGCAGAAGUGUUGGCUGAGUUUGAGCGCAGGAAGCGUGCCAGGCAGAUCAACGUUUCCACAGAUGACUCUGAAGUCAAGGCGUGCCUACGAGCACUUGGGGAGCCCAUCACGCUCUUUGGAGAGGGGCCUGCAGAACGGAGAGAGAGAUUGAGAAAUAUCCUCUCGGUGGUUGGCACAGACGCCUUAAAAAAGACCAAGAAAGAUGAUGAAAAAUCUAAGAAAUCCAAAGAAGAGUAUCAGCAAACUUGGUACCAUGAAGGGCCAAACAGCCUGAAAACAGCUAGGCUGUGGAUCGCCAACUACUCGCUCCCCAGGGCAACAAAGCGGCUGGAAGAAGCCCGUCUGUACAAAGAGAUUCCAGAGGCGACCAGGACAUCCCAGAAGCAAGAACUGCACAAAUCCCUGAGGUCCUUGAAUAAUUUCUGCAGUCAGAUUGGGGAUGACCGCCCAAUAUCUUACUGCCAUUUCAGUCCCAAUUCCAGACUCCUCGCCACAGCCUGCUGGAGUGGCCUGUGCAAGCUCUGGUCUGUGCCUGACUGCAAUCUUGUUCAUACUUUACGAGGGCACAACACCAACGUAGGAGCAAUAGUGUUCCAUCCCCAGGCUACUGUCUCCCUGGACAAGAAGGACAUCAACCUGGCCUCUUGUGCAGCUGAUGGCUCAGUCAAACUCUGGAACCUUGAAAGUGAUGAACCGGUGGCAGAUAUCGAGGGCCAUACAAUGAGAGUGGCACGAGUGAUGUGGCAUCCCUCUGGGAGGUUCCUGGGCACCACUUGCUAUGAUCACUCCUGGCGCCUCUGGGACCUGCAAGCUCAAGAGGAGAUUCUCCAUCAGGAGGGGCACAGCAAGGGGGUCUAUGACAUUGCCUUCCACAUUGAUGGCUCUCUUGCUGGGACUGGUGGCAUGGAUGCCUUUGGUCGGGUGUGGGAUCUGCGUACUGGGCGCUGUAUCAUGUUCCUGGAGGGCCACCUGAAGGAAAUCUAUGGGAUUAACUUCUCCCCAAAUGGAUAUCACAUAGCAACUGGCAGCGGGGACAACACAUGCAAAGUGUGGGACCUCCGCCAGAGGAAGUGUGUCUACACCAUACCUGCCCACCAGAACCUGGUGACCGGAGUGAAGUUUGAACCUACGCAUGGUAACUUCCUGCUCACUGGUGCUUAUGAUAACACAGCCAAGAUCUGGACUCACCCAGGCUGGUCCCCUCUGAAAACGCUGGCUGGCCAUGAGGGAAAAGUAAUGGGACUGGAUAUCUCCUCAGAUGGGCAGCUAAUAGCAACAUGCUCAUAUGACAGGACCUUCAAGUUGUGGAUGGCAGAGUAGCUCUGAGCUGCCAGUGACCCAGGACAGGGAAUAUCACAGACUGGGCUGUCCCUGCAUUUUUAUAUUUAAAAAAAACAAAAAAACUGUUGCAUCAACUACAAUGGUGGCUGGAGUUGCUGGCUGAUGUCGGCUUCCCCAUGGUGCUGGUGCAUCCCCCGUGCUGGGAGUUGGCCAAAGUCAGAGUUGAUCUGAACUCCUGGAGUGAUUCUGUAACCUCACCUUGUAUGAUUUGUAUAAUCUCUACCCCCUGGCUCUGGGAAUGAGCCAUCUACUCUACCACCCCUUCAUCGUGGGCUUUACUCUGUUAUAUGUGUUUGUAAAUACCCACACACCCCUUCAGAUGUACUGUACCAUAAAAUCCAUCGGUUGGCAUCACCCUCAAGAUCAGUUUUGUAGGAGACUUUCCCCAGCUGUGGAGCCUGAAUGAUCUUGCUUUUGGCAAAGAGCCAACUGCUUCAGUCGUUUAAAUAUGGCACAUUAGUUCUCCCAGCACAGAGAUUGGAUCUCUGCAGAACGUGGAAGCCCAGGCCCCCUUAAGCAUCUGCUGUGGGUGAAUUUUAAGCAGUGGGGCAGGAGGGAGUUUCUCUUCAUGCAAAAUCAGGCUUGAACUGCCCACUGCCCUCGCUCCCCUUCUGCCUCUCUGCUACUUCAGAGUAUUAAAACCCAACCUUUCAAAUACAUGGACUUCUCCAGCCUAAGGUGCCUCCAAGUCUGCUGGGACCUGCAUACAGCGGUGUCAGUUACAGUUUUGUUGCUAGUUUGUUUCACUUUAAGAUUCUUGCUCUAGCCACCCACUGUAGAGAACAUUCACUUUCUCAACUCUUCCCAGUGAAGUUUUGCAGGUGCCGAUUUCUAAGAAACCUGUUGUGACCUCAGUAUCUGCUCAUUUUGGUUGUGCUGGAGCUGUGUGGGGGAGGGGCCUGCAGCAUCUGUUACCAGCCACAGCUGUGCACCCAGGAAGCAGUCCCAUUACAGAGGGAGGCACUAGGCUAGCUGUUGUCCCUCUUCUCUCCCUACACUUAAAUCAGCAAUAUAAGAACCUGGCAUGUAGCAGUGUAUGUACUUGUGAGAGUGGAUGGGUGAUACAGGGUUGCUCGUUCUCAGUUGCACCCUUCCCUGUGUUUUGUAUGUAUGCACUAACCAGUGCAUUAACCAGGGUGAGGGAGAUAGCCAUGCAGUGCAGAAAAGCUGAUCUCUUUGUGGGGCUGUCUCUGAAAAGUGCCCCCAGCAAGGGAGAAGCAGCUUCAUCUUCUCCCAUUCCUCUCAAGAGUAGCAGUACAUGUCUGCAGCAGCGUAGUUCUUCACCACCACCCAUUCCCUAAGUACUAUGGGGGAUCAUGGUUAGUGAAAAGGAAUGAAAUGGGCCUCUUUUGGCUGAGGAAGUGGGGUUACUCCUUGCCUCUCUAGCUGACUACAUGAAGCAUCUGGUCUCACCUGCUCUUUGCCCCAUCACCUCUAAUUCAUUAUUGAGAGGGUUACCCCUGAGGAAACAAUGGCAGCUGACCAAUGCCCAGUGCGUAGUCUGCUAGGAGUGGCCAUCUUUCCAGCCCAGGGGUUGCAGUGGCAACAUACUGCCAAAGUGCAGCACAGACUUUGCAUAUAAACCUAAGACAAGUCCUACCAUAAUCCCAGCCUGUACAGUGAGACCUGCACUAGGGACCCCACUUUCAGUCAGCCCUGACACCACCAGUCCAAUUUAUUUGCUCUUUUAAGAUCCAUCUCUACUAAGCAACUGAUGUUUGGUCUUCUGGACAGUACCUUAAACCAGGUUACACUGUAGUUUACAGGCAAAUAGAAAUCACGUGAUUGAGCAAUAAUACAUCAUUUGAUUGAGUUCCCUACAGCUACCCAGCCCUGUCCCUCUGGGUUGUAU